GUACUUUAGUUACUUAUCAGUUGACAAUGUCUGACAGGUCCUAAUGUUGGUCUUCUCCUUCUCUAGCCAGAUGUGCGGCCACCAUCUCCCCUGCAGCGAAGAAUCAUGCCAACUGGAUACAUACCCUUUGGUGUGGACUCUAGCAUUUAAAAUUCAAGUCUUACAGUGGCUGAAGCCCUGAGUCCCAGAUUUAAGGUAUUUCUUCUAGAAGACCCCAGCAGACAAUGGCCUCCUCUCUGUUCUUGGGUCUCCUGCUCCUGAUCCAAACUUCAGCAGGCACAAAAUGGGGUGGUAGUCAAUGUCCAGCAUGUGGAGUGCCUGGUUCAGAUCCUGAGGGACAACGGGAGCUGCUGCUCAAUCUGGCAAAGCAAAGUAUCCUGGAUAAACUGCACUUAACUCAGCGCCCGACAUUGAUCCAGCCUGUGUCCAGAGCCACCCUGAGGACUGCCCUGUGGCGUCUCCACGGUCCUGGGGGAAGAAUUCUGUCUGGUAGCAGUUUAGGGGUUUCUGGGAUUGAAGUUGAGGAACAGGAGUACGAGAUCAUCAGUUUUGCUGAGACAGGCCACUCUACUGCCAACAGGACCAAAACGGUGCUGGAUUUCCGACUCUCCCCAGAUCAAACCAGUGCUAGCCUGGAGGUCCUCCAAGCCAGGCUGGGUUUCUUCUUGCAGAUUCCUCCCAAUGCUACAUGGAGUAUGUAUGUGAAGGUCCUGGUACCUGGGCCACAGGACACCAACCUCAAUUUGACUACCCAGCAUCAGCUAGAGGUGGAUUCCAGUGGCUGGUACCAGUUCCUCCUGGGGCCUGAGGCCCAGGCUGCAUAUAGUCAGGGGCACCUAACCCUAGAAUUGGAGCCCAAAGGCUGGGGAGCCCAGAGCCCAAUUGUCUUGGACAAGGAUGCCCAACAACCCUUUAUAAUAGCUCGGGUGAGAAUAGGAAAAAAGCAUCAAAUACAUCGUCGAGGCAUUGAGUGCCAAGGUGGGUCUCAAAUGUGCUGUCGACAAGAGUUCUUUGUAGAUUUCCGGGAGAUAGGCUGGAAUGACUGGAUCAUUCAGCCUGAAGGUUACGCUAUGAACUUCUGUACUGGGCAGUGCCCGCUACAUGUCGCAGGUAUGCCAGGAAUUGCGGCCUCUUUCCACACUGCUGUGCUCAACUUGCUCAAGGCUAAUGGAGUCCCAGGAACAGCUGGUGGAGGCUCCUGCUGUGUGCCUACUGUCCGUCGCCCUUUGUCCCUUCUCUACUAUGACCGUGACAGCAACAUUGUCAAGACUGACAUUCCAGACAUGGUGGUGGAGGCCUGUGGCUGCAGUUAAUGUGUUUAAAGGGGGAGGAGGACAUGGAGAAGAGGAUACUCACAUACAGAUUCCCUUCUCACCUCAGGGAGGUUGUUCAAAAAAUUGUGCCCCAACCCAAAUGGGGAUUCAUCUUUCCCAACACAAUUCUGGAAAUCCUUCUACUCUUAACCUGGGUAUUCUAUUGAGGCAGCUGGUGACAUGAUGCAUAGAGCACUGGGCCUGGAAUCAGGAUGACCAAGUUCAAAUCUGGCCUCAGACGCUUACUUUCUGUAUGAC